GCUUCAUUAGCUUUAGCCUGCUAGAGCUUCAAUAUCACUCACAUAUGACCCUCUGUUCAAGAGCGAACAGAUCGAGCUUGACAAGCAGAUCAUUGCACCGUGCUUUGGUUUAUUAGCAGAUCCGAGUGCCUCAGUAUACCACCUACUGUAUCGUCGAAGCUAGAGCAGAGAUCACCAUCGACGAUGGUCAUGAUUGGGAUUUCGAAGAUGGCGGGCAAGAGCUGGCAGGAGGCGAAGCUGAUGUGGCACAUCGCGUUCCCCGUGAUCCUCACCAUCCUGUGCAAUUUCUCCAUCGGCUUCGUCACCUCCGCCUUCUCUGGGCACGUCGGUGACGUCGAGCUCGCCGCCGUGACGGUCUCCAAGAACGUCAUCGAGGGCUUCGCCUACGGAGUUCUGUCGGCCUGGAAGCAGAGGAAUCAUUCCUGAUGACGGUGAAGGGGUGAAGGUACUCCAUCGCUUCCGAUCAUAAUAACCUAAUUUCUUCUAGCUAUCGAGCAAGUUUACUGUCAUGGAUAAAUUUCGAUAAGUCAAUUAUAAUAAUAACAUCACU